CAUGGGUGGGGCGGCCCUAGUAACAGGAUAACUUGAUAGCCCUGGAAAAACAUGAAGACUUGCAAAUCAAGGCUGCUCAGAUCUUUUACAAUGGGGGAUUUGUAAUCAAAUAUUUGGCAGGUUAUUUUGAGUCAAUAUCAAAGCCUCACUAUUGGAAAAACAUGUGGAAAACAAAUAUUAACACAGAACACUGACUACCUUAUUCCUUUUGUGUCUUGGCUGCUCUGCUAUAAUUAAAAAGUACUUUUUGAGUUGCCAGGAGGCUGUUGGCCUCACCCAGGGCUCAUCUGCACCAUCACAAACCUCACUUCACACCUUGCCUGUUCCUGCAUUUUUGGACUAGGAACUACACGACAUUUCUACUGUCCGGCUGCCAUCUUGGGUGUUGUGGAGCAAAACCCCACUUUUAUCCUCACUCGUAGUAGUGCAAAAAGGUUUUAUAAAAUGAUAAAGGGAUGUUUUCCCUCAUAAUGUGUGUUUAGCCUAUCAGUCUACCCAAUGCUAUUUUUUUAUAUAUAGAAAAAGAGGUGCUGGAAUUCACCAUGAACUCUUGUUCUCUUAUAAUGACAAUGGCGCCCACCUGAGAGGUGCUGGAACUGAGUUCCAGUGAGUUCUGGCUAAAAAAAGCCCUGAGACUACCAGUUGAAAAAUGUCUGCAGGCCUGGAAGCUUUGUAAAAAAAAUUAACAAUAAUAAUAAAAAUGGUUCAGGUCUCUAAGUAGAGCAUAAGAUUCAGCUCUCAGUAUCGUUUAAAGAAGUCGUGGAUUUUGUUGGGAUUGUGGUUUGAGGUGCAGGUGUGGCAGAAUUAAGCAAUAUAUAGGCUUGUCAGGUCAGGAGUAUCCCAGACCCCAAGGUUUAAGGGCCCAAACCUGAGAACUAAGGGUGGCCCCUGGUGAUAUCAUUAAGCAUGACACAUUUACCACAGUUCAGCACCUGAAAAGGAAGUCAGAGGUAUUUGCAACAUAUGCUUGUUGUGAACCGCUCUAUAGUUUGGUGGUUACCUCCCCGCCCCCCGCCCCCCACUUUACUUUUCAAAAGAAUCUUUCUUAAAUUUCUUUGAUCGUAAAAACUAAAAAAAGAUGAAGAAACCAAUUAGAUGCAAAGAACGAGAGUCACUAACAGGCUUAAGCCACCUCGGUGACUCCCCAUUUAGGCGCAUGACUGCGUAUAGGCACUGGGCAGAGACAUAAAUAAUUUGAUUUAAACUGUGAAAAGGGUGCGAAAAGAGCCAGGAAAGCAGCUAGCAAUCCCAGGAGCCUUUGCAACUGCAGUCCCAGAACGCUUUGCAGCAACCAUUGAGGUUUGGGGAGAGUUUUGAAGGUUGGGAAAAGAGGUUUGGAGGGAACGUUUGUGGUGGAAUUUGGGGUUUUUUUUGGCAGAGUUUGACUGACAGCCACCAUUGCCACCAUUCAUGCCUGUCUGAUGCCCUUCUCCAGGCCAUGCAUCCACAGGAAGCCCUGGUCAAGACAGGAUGCAUCUUGCAAGGGUCACUCACCUGUUUACUUGGCUGUAUGAUUUGUCCUGGCCCAGAGCAGAUCUUGUGCCCCCAAAUGCUGGGUUUUCUGCCAGUCGAAUUCCGUCACAGACCAGGAGGAAUCUUGCGGGAUCUGCUCAUUCCUCGCCACGAGCCCGGAGGUGGCAACUGCUGAGAGAGAGGGAGCCCGGGAGCCGAGGGGAGAUACUGCUUGGGCAGGCAGAGCGGAAAGUUGUUGCCAAGAAAAGGUGGCGCUUUGGAGGGUCACAAGGAUGCACCCUGAAUCGCUGAAGAUUUCGUGGGGAGCCCUCGUCCUGCUCUGGCUGCUGCAGGAGGAGGCUGUGGGGUCAGCAAAAGAGAGGCGAGCAGCAGCUUGGAGCCAGAGAGAUGUCUCCGCGGUUGGGAUAGAACCUCAUUCCUGGGAGAGAAAGACGCGGGACACCUCGCCAAGAGACACGAGGACUCGGAUCAGCGAAGAUUUAAUUGGCGGGAGCCUGGCUAUUGACACUUUGACGGACAAUGAGACACAGAUUGUGGAAGACAACCACAACUACUAUAUAUCUCGAACGUAUGGUCCGAGUGAAGCGCGAGCCAAGGAACUAUGGGUAGAAGUUACAGCAGCCAACAGGAGCCAAGUCAAAGUCCAUGGAAUCCUCUCCAAUACGCAUAGGCAAGCCUCGAGAGUCAUCCUAUCAUUUGACUUCCCCUUCUAUGGGCAUUACCUGAGGCAAGUCACCAUAGCAACUGGAGGCUUCAUCUUCAUGGGGGACGUCAUUCAUCGGAUGCUGACAGCCACGCAGUAUGUUGCUCCUCUCAUGGCAAACUUCAACCCCAGCUACUCUCGAAAUUCCACCGUCAAAUACUUUGACAACGGGACAGUCUUUGUGGUUCAGUGGGACCAAGUGUACCUGGAAGGAAAAGAAGACAGAGGGUCUUUUGACUUCCAGGCAGCUUUGCACAGUGAUGGCAGAAUAGUCUUUGGCUACAAAGAGAUCCCCAUGUCUGUCCCGGAGAUCAGUUCUACACAACAUCCCGUCAAAGCUGGACUCUCAGACGCUUUCAUGAUCCGUAACUCCUCCCCUGGCGUGCCUGAAGCUCACCGUCGGACCAUCUAUGAAUAUCACCGAGUGGAGCUGGACACCAGCAAGAUCACUAGCGCGUCAGCUGUGGAGUUUGUGCCCCUGCCCACUUGCCUCCAGCACCAGAGCUGCGAAGUUUGCACCACAUCUGACCUAACCUUCAACUGUAGCUGGUGUCAUGUCCUGCAGAGGUGUUCCAGUGGAUUUGACCGACAUCGUGAAGAGUGGUUGGAGUAUGGCUGUGACCAAGAGUUAGAAGAGAAGACCUGUGCCGACUUUGAAGACGAUGAACAUUACUACUCAACACCUCCCAGCGAGAGUCCCUUCACACCACUCAGAGAAGACAUCACCACUUCUUCUUCCCACUUUGUCGACAGCCUAACUACAGAAGAUGAUACGAAGUUGAACCAAAAUCCAGAAGACGGUUUGAGAGACGACUUCCCUGCAGAAAAAGUAGAAUCCCAGCUCCAUACAGGAACCAUUGUUGGAAUUGUGCUGGCAGUCCUGCUCAUAGCAGCCAUUAUUCUUGCUGGGAUCUACAUCAGAAGCAACCCUACAUCCCACGCUGCUUUGUUCUUCAUUAAGCAGAGACCGCACCAGUGGCCUGCCAUGAAAUUCAGAAACCACUCGAUGUACACCGAAGUGGAGCCAUCUGGCCACGAGAAGGAGGGUUUCGUCGAAGCGGAUCAAUGCUGAAGAAUGCGUCUUCUUCUUCUUUUAAUUGCUCUCACACCUUUAAAACGUCACCUCCCGUUUCCUGUUUGUUUCACGAUGAGCACAACUGAAGAAAUAGCAAAAAGGGGAAAGUAAACACCUAAAGAGCCCCCCAAAAAGAAUAGAAAUGGAUACAGGAGGACCCAAAAGGCAUGCAGGUUUGGCGUGUGGCUCUGGGUGGUUUAGCGGGGAAAGUUACAAUGGAGUCGAAGCUUUUAUUGCAGAGAAGCCCACUUCAUAUCGGUUGUUUUCAGGUGUAGCCAUCCACGGCUGAUUUCAGUGCCAGGGAAAAGAAGUCUAAGUCUGCACUCUUCCUGCUUUUCUCAGGCAGCUGAGCCAUAUAGAAAAGAAGAUGCUUUUUUUGCUUCUGUGUGUUAUGGAGGGUAUUACACAUAAUUUUUUUAAGCCCCCAAACGGUGAGAAAGCAAAUACAUUAAACUGUCCAAAGAAAGGUUAGGGUAGGGGGAAAUCUAGGCUUCUGGUGGGAGAGAUUGAAGUUUGCCUUCUGAAUAAACCCUUGAGAGAUGCUUACGGAUUAUAGUUAACAUGGAACAAGUUGGUCUGACUCAAAUAUCUCAGUGUCAUUGCAGCACUUACUGGAUGCAGCGCCUGGCAUUUGUGGCUUGUGGGGAGCUUAAUCUGGGCCUGAAAUGCCACCUUCAUAUUUAUCGGUAAUGGUGGUAUAAAUUUGAGCCACGAGAAAGAAAGCAUUAAUUAAGGAGGCCUUGCAAUUGACAGUAAUCACCCCAUCCAGAGGAUAAAAUACGUAUCAAACUUGGCCUCAGACCCUGAAAACAAUAAUAUGGUUUGUCUUAUUUCUGCUGUGAAUUACCAACUCCACCUCACAAUUGGCUAUAUGACUUAGCUUUCUUUUUCUGGGUGUUUUUUAAGAACGAGUUCUAGUCACUGGUUUCAUUAGUACUUUAUGAAUGAGAAGGAGAAAGGUCUACCUUAUCUCAAUGAAGGGAACGGAGGGAAUUAAAGCAGAUUCUCUCUUCCCACUCUGUCUGAUCCUACUAACAAUCACAUUUUAGUUAGGAAUCAAGACCUGGUCUUUUUCAAGGGAGUCUCGUGGCACAUAUAGAGCUUAUUUUUUCUUGGAAACGGUGACGUUCCUGUUCUGUCCUCUUUAUCUUGUAUGAUGGUUACCCCAUAUGUUUUACCAGUGGGUUCGGGUGAUAAAAUGUACUUGUAAAAUUCUGGUACACAUUCCUGAAAGUGCUGCUACUGGACAAUCCCCCCCCCAAUCUAAUUUGGAUACAACACUAUGUGAUGCGAGGCAUGGUUGCCAGUCCCAGAUUUUCCCACUAGCUCCAGCUCCCUCCCAGGGAAAAAAAUCCACAUUUAAAAUCAGACUGUAACAAAUAUUUUGAUGUUGAAGUUAUUGCGAGCAUAUCUGUAUGGCCACAAGAGAAAUAUGUGCCUGAGCAAAUUUUGGACAUAUCCUAAGGGCUAGCUCACCUGUUACGGCAAUACAGGGAGACCGCGAUGACCCACACUUCUUAUCCCAUUUCUUCAGGUAAUAUUUUGAGGACAAGCGAUGUGACUCCAUCACAUUCUGUGUUUGCUGCUCUCCCGGCAUAUAUCGACUGCCCUGUGCAGGGAGGCGGGAAAGUACUGGCAGCAUGUUGACACUCACUGCAUGAUACGCCUGCUUUAAAGUUACUGGGAAACUCAGGGAAGAGAUGUGUGUCGGUAAACUGCCGUGCAGAAGGUAACAAGGAGUUUGGCUCUGAGAGUUCAAAGCAGGCUUCUCCAACCUUCCAGGUGUGCUGGGUCAGACCUCGCAUCAAUCCCAGGCAGCACAGCUGGGGCUGAUAGGAGGCAGCGUCCCAAACAUCUGGAGGGCGAAAGCUGGUUUAGAACAAAAACGUUGUACUUUGCCAUUUCUGCAUAUGGUCUGGGGUAAAAUAAAAUAAAAAUAAAAACAGGCACAAAGAGCACAACAGCAGCCGGGCUGCCUUGGUUGGAGAAAGAGAGAAAAAGCACCGAGAGGAAUUAUUAUUAUUAUUAUUAUUAUUAUUAUUAUUAUUAUUAUUAGACAUGUCUCCUAAACUUAUGCAUCUAUGGGUGUUGUUGCUUCAUUCCGUAUCCAGGCUGAGCCUAUCUGUCCCAGGGGUUUCCUCAGGAGCUAAUUAUCUAAUGUAUAGUACAUAACUAAUUUUGUAUAAUUCUAUAACUGUGUAGAGAUAUAGAUGCAGGCAGAGUAUAAAUGGGGCUAUUACCAGGGUCGUGGCGUUUUCUCCCUGACCUGACUUUUAAUUUUAAUUUUAAGAAAAGUAAAAACGCAUGCAUAAGAUGCAACACAGUCCCGCAAUGCAUCCCAGUGGAACUUUUUCAGGACAGUAUGUACCAUAUUUUUCGCUCUAGAAGACGCACCAGACCACAAGAUGCACCUAGUUUUUGGAGGAGGAAAACAAGAAAAAAAAUG